AUGGUCAGUCCCGCGUCGUUCCUUCCGCCCAAGGAUCGGGGUCUGGCUCCUCUGCCGUCUCCUGCGGAAACGCCUUCCACGACGCAGCUCCCAGCAGAGACUGUCAUCGACGCGGACAUGGCCAUAACGGCGGCCAACGAAGCGGCCCCCAUGUGCCCACCGCCCCCAACGCCCGUCAGCAAACGUCGCAGGCGUCGUGCCGUCCGCAUCUUCCGCCCAGCCAAGGACUCCAUCUACGACAUCCUCCACGAGCAUGAAGGCGCGUCGCUCUUUGUUCGGCCCAUUUGCUGGACGGACAAGCACGCCGAGCUCCUCGGGGCGCGCUUCAACAAGCUGCCGCGUUGCGACUCUCCCUCGCCGCUCAACAUCCCUGAGUCGCCGCCCAGACCGACCAAGGGCCACAUGGAGCCGUCGCAGACAAUCACGUCGCUGAGCGACUCGCUGACGGAGAUCCUAACACCUGGCUCGCCGCACCCCGUCAUGACGUCGAGCUUCAUCAAGACAAUCCUGUCAACCCUUUGGCCCGGCGCCUUCGGCAAGCCGCUGUUCCUGCCGGAGCUCCACCUGUUCUUCGGCGACCGGGUCUAUCGUGAUGCGGUCCGCACCCAGGUCAUGUGGAAUUUCCCUCUGGAGAGCGCCAAGUCCUCCCAGGCCUCCUUCACAACCAUAUCGACCCGCCCCGCCGACUCCUACGGCCCCUCCACCCCCACGGCGCACAACCCCGCCGGCCUGCCCAUGAUGUGUUACAUCAGCCGGAACCAGUUGGCCGUGGUUCGGAGAACUCUCUUCCGCAUUGCCCCGGGCCCCGGGCGGAGCUGGAACGCACCGGUCUUCCGACUCCAGCAGGCGAGAUCCCGACUUCUCGUACCUGCGGAUCCCGACCACGACGUGCAGUUUGUUGCCAUCUUCCUCGCCAUGGCCCAACGCCACUUCUACAACGCCCCGCCACCGUCGUCUAGAAGGGACUCUCAGUGGGCCACCCCGUCUCCGGCGAAGACGACCCUGCCGCGUCCACAGUUCGAAGACAUCAAGCUUCACAUCUUGACUCAUGACGUGGACGAGGCCGAGUUUAUCGUUUACACCGGCCAUGUUACCGCCAAGUUCCUGGAACGAUUUCACGACCCGCUCAAGGCACCGCGCGACGAGUUUGGUCGCGUUCCCGGCCUCGAGAUCGAGUACACGAGGGUGCCUAUCUGGCCAAUCCUGGGUCUCCGAGAGCGCUUAGGCAAAGCUUUAGGUGAAGGCGUCGUUGGACCCUUUGACCCUACUGAGAUGGAGACGUGGGAGACCAAGGCAGACACUGAAUUGCCAAAUGUUGGCGGCAGCAUCGAUGGGUGCGAGUCGCAGAGCAACGGCAAGCGAAAGCGCGAGGCACUCUCCGAAGUUUUUAAUGCAAGCUUCGACGAGGAGUCGGACGCUGAUGAAGACGAAGACGUGGGCGUUAAGAAGCGUUGCCUCGAGGGAUCGCCGCUCAGCGUAAUGGUGUAG